GUCUUGAACUACCACCACGCCCCCCCCACAUCAUACAAAUUACAUUUAGUUCGGGUGACGGGGGCUCAAACAGAAUGGGUGAGAUAGGAGAGUUCAUGCUGGUUCAAUUUCCCUUGGCCAGAGUCUCCCACCGAGUGGUUGGUCAGACGCCAAGGCAAGCAAAUAUACAGGUACCUUUUGACCUACAUAGCUGGACCACAACAGACUUUUCUGAAGGUCUUGAGUCUGGAGAUGGUGUGUGGUGUCACGUCUGAGCAAGGAUAAUUCCCAAAUUAAUAGAGCCCUCCCUCCCCGCUGUGGCUGGAGAAGAGAUAUUGAUUUUAGAUUCUGGAGCUGGCCUCACGCCGCGCUGCGUGGGAUUCGCAUGUGCGACUCCCCCUCCGUGUCUAAUGUACCCCUUGGAUCAAUCUAGACCUAAUGUAUGUCUUCCUCUGAUGUCAGCCCUGUUUUGUUCUAACGUCAACUUACUACAUGUUGAUUUCUUUUCACAGUCAGAACGUGCUCCAAUGCUGCUGACGUUUUUGGCAUAAGUCUGUGACGUUGAAUUCAGCUUGCCGCUUCAUUUGUGGUGCCACAGACACAUCCAGAGACCCUUCUGUCAUUGUGGAGGAAAAAGAGCAAAAUGCAGCAUGAUCACAUUGAUUUUGAGGUCUUAAGCUCAAGUGAAUAUUGAUCUGGGCUGAAAUUGAAGCCCUUUUGUUGAUGUCUUUGGUGCCUUCAGAAGUCGCGAUGGCAAUUGAAGUGUCCUGCUAAGUAGAAAUUGAGAAAGAUCUUGCAACGUUCUGUAACUGUUCAUCAGUAUCCGUCUUUUUGCUCUUUUUUCCUCAAAGUUGGGAUGCAAUCGUUGGCACUAACUUGGAGUUACUAUUAUAUGCCUUAUAUUUUUCCUUUAUGUCCUUUAAUAGAUGCACUUUGAAAGGUUCCUAGUAAUGUUCCUUCAACAUUGCUGUGUGAUGCUGUUAAAUGAUGUGAUUAUAACCUUUGAACUUGUGUAUAAUUGCGAUUUAGUGACUUUGCUGGAAGACGGCAUGAUAUCUAUUCUUCUGAUUACCAACUCUCAAUCAGCACUUCUCUUGCCGUGUCACCACCAACAUGAGGGUGUGAUUGGCGUGCAGCUGGUGGUUACCAUGGUAAUGGCCAGUGUAAUUCAAAAAAUCAUACCUCAUUAUUCGUUUGCAAGAUGGCUACUCUGCAGUGGCAGUCUUCGAUGGUACCAGCACCCAACAGAAGAUGAGUUGAGGACUUUGGUCGGGAGACAGAAAGGUCCAAAGAAGAAAGACAGGAAGUACAACGGUCACAUCGACAACAAGCCACUGACGGUUCCUAAGGACAUCGACCUGCAGCUGGAGACCAAAAGCAUCACAGAAGUUGACACAUUAGCGUUGCACUAUUUCCCAGAGUUCCAGUGGCUGGUUGAUUUCACAUUAGCAGCAACUGUGGUCUACCUGAUCACAGAACUCUACUACAGCGUGGCUCAGCCCUCUGGAGAGAUGAACAUCAGCGUGGUCUGGUGCCUGCUGGUGCUCGCCUUUGUUAUUAAAACCCUUUUCUCUCUAACGUACCACUACUUCAAGUUGGAGGAGGGAGGCGAGCGCUCGCUCUGCAUUACCUUUGGUUUUUUCUUCUUUGUCAAAGCCAUGGCCAUUCUCAUCAUCACAGAGAACUACCUUGAGUUUGGUCUUGAGAGUGGUUUUGCUAACUUUUCUGACAGUGCGCUUCAGUUUCUGGAGCAUCAGGGUUUGGAGUCACAGGGUCCCAUAUCCAAACUCACUUUCAAGUUGAUUCUUGCUCUUCUUUGUUCCCUCAUCGGCGCGUUUUUAACCUUCCCGGGUCUGCGUUUGGCCCAGAUGCAUUUGGAUGCACUCAAUCUGACUGCGGGCAAAUUUACACAAACGUUACUUCACAUCAACUUCCUGUCUCCCCUCAUCAUGGUCCUGCUGUGGGUGAAGCCCAUUACCAAGGACUACAUCCUGAAUCCCACUCUGGGAAAGGAGAGCGUGCCUUUAAUGGCUGAGCAGACGUACGACACGUUGCGGUUAUGGAGCAUCAUCCUGAUGUGCCUGCUGCGGCUGGCCAUGAUGAGGCAUCAUUUGCAAGCCUACCUCAACCUGGCCCAGAAAGGGAUGGACCAGAUGAAGAAGGAAGCUGGGCGGAUCAGCACUGUUGACCUGCAGAAAAUGGUGGCACGUGUCUUUUACUACUUGUGUGUGAUCGCUCUGCAGUACGUGGCGCCGCUGGUCAUGUUGCUCCACACCACCUUCCUGCUGAAAACUCUAGGUGGACACUCCUGGGGCUUCUCUUUUGAAGAAGACCUCCCUUGCACCCAUGAAAUGAACUCUGGAACAGAGGAGGCCCACACAGCGGCGGUGGGGUCGGGCGCUCGGGCGUCGGUGGCCCAGCUGUCGGUGGCCCUGGGAGGCCUGCGGACUGUCUUCAGCCCGCUGCUUUUCCGCGGCCUCUUCUCCUUCUUCACCUGGUGGAUCGCUGCCUGCCUCUUCUCCACCUCCCUCUUCGGCCUCUUCUACCAUCAGUAUCUCAUGGCGGCGUGAUGUCGUCUGCCACGGAGCUCCAGAAUGUUGGAGUCCUACUGUCAGUGCUUCCUCCACAGGUCAACUGUGAACUCUUGCCAUAGUUUUUAAUAUGACGACUACCUUUUUUAUUUGAGAGCAGGAUUAAUAAACUCUAAUGACGUUGUGAAUAAUCGUGGAGUACAAAUCGAAGGAUGUGAAAAAUGCUAAUCUCUUGACUGACAAGCCAGUUGUUACUUGAGUUUGAUUUCUUUGUUUGUUUGUUUUUAUGCCGAGGCAGUGAGGGAUUAUUGCCCUGGAGUAUCGGCAGACGCUCGGCACGUGCGUGACCUGUGCCAUCAGGAGUCACAUGACCCUCUUUGUGACUGUGUCUGCUCGUGCUCGCUCACCUCAGCACCACCACUGGACGGAGGCGUCGUCAGGUGGUGGUCGAGUGGUGCAAUGUUUCAAGUUUACUGUCGGGAAAUUGACCAAAUGAGACUGAAUACAAAUUGGACUCAAACACUUCAUCACGUUCCAUGCGUUUGUGACUCGUCCCUCCCCACUUGUCUUUUUUUUAAUUCUUAUGCUGAGCCAUUGUUUUUGCUGAUGAAAGGGAGGGGCAGACUGAGGGUGUGUGUGUGUGUGUGUCCACUGUCUGAGGGCGUCAAGAUCAAGUAUCGGUGACGAGCUAAUGCCUUUUUUCACCCCCCCGACCCAUUUCCAAACCCUAUUAACUGAAGUGUUCUUUGCGUCUCACCAGUCAGUCUGUGCUUUUCUUUUGCGCGUGACGUUGUGCCAUACUUGUGUCCCACUGGCUGUGGAGAGAAGCGGACUGCGUUGAAAGGGGCCUUAAGAUUUCUGUGAAAAUCCUCGGUGGUGUUUGUCUCCUCACAGAGUCGCGAUCCAGCGCUUGGAAUGUACGACUCACGUUUGCUUCUGAAACAUUUCAACUCUGCAUCCAGAGCCGGGUCUUGGCUGAGAGUUUCCAACCUCAGCUGCGUCAUAUCGCUUCACAGUCUUAGUUUGUCUCUGAACAAAAUGCACCUGAUGAAUGUAUCGAUCCUGCCUAACUUUGCGAUUGUUUCCAUUAAAAAGGCGCUUUCUCUGGCCGAUGGAACCUGCUGUGUCCUGCGCUCCCUCUGUACGGUCGGCCUUGGUCAGGCACGCAGUCAUGUUGUCCUUAUUGUUUUCUAUUUAAGAAAAGCUCUUUUCACAAUCUUUUUCUAACGUUGUCAGAGAGCCUGGUGACUAAAAUAGCUUUCUGAAAAUGUUGCAUUUCAAUCAUUCUGCAGUGUGCGUGUGUUUGUGAGAGAGAGAGAGGUCAGUGCUGCGGUACCUGGGGGAGUCCAGGAUUCAUGGGCCUUCAUGGGCCCCUGGCGCUUAUGUCAGUUUGUUACCGCUGAAAGUGUUUUUGCUGUCCAGUGAACUCACAACUCUUUUGGUGUAUUUAUUUCUGCUUUUUCCAGUUUUGUCUUGAAUAAAUUAUGUUCUACGUUUGGACCUUUUUGAAGGAUAUAAAACCACUGACUUGUGUUUGACUGACUGAAUUUUUGAAACAUAUUUAGGAGGCAUCAAGGGACUGAUGUUGGCUCAACCUUUAAAUAUCGUAUUUCAGGUCAAGGGGCUUUUUUACUUUCCAUGCAGCCAAAACAAAAGCUUUGACUACAGCUUCAAGCUUUGGUAGUUGACGUUGGUCUCAAUGACAGUUGCUGUGAAGGACUCCAGACUGUUGCCCGUGCUGCAGUCGUGACCCGGAGCGUUGAGGGCUCAAUACCGAGUCCAGACAGAGGCCACAGUGACUGAAGAAGUGAACAGUGCUGCGGAACAAAGGUCCGUCUUGCUUUCUUCCAUGUGAGCCAGGAAUGAAACAAGCGAGUGAGCAGCUGGGCCUCUGCCUUGGUCCCGCGCCCUCACUGCUCACAGUCUUGGUUCCAUCUCUGUAGACUUGGUCUCAACUGGUUCUCUGGGUUGUGGCUGUGUUACUCAAGUCACGCUCGGGGCUCCACCGUCCUCCCAAGACC